UCAAAUGCAUCUUAAACAUGUGAAGAAUGAAAUUAUCAUCUGACACUCCUUUCAACAUCUGUUUGUCACGACACAUAUUGAGGUUAAUCUGGUUCGUCCUUUUGUCUUCAAACACAAAGUGAUUUGUGUUUUUCUGUUGGCCCCACCAUAUUUUGUCCACAUUCAACCUUCAAUUGCAAACCCGUCCAUGUUCGAUGUAUUUAAAUCACAACCCCACGUUGAGAAAGCCAGAAAGAAGAAAUAAAUCAGAAAAUUGUGUUCAUAAAAUCUUUUGCGUUAUAGAAUUGAAUUGAUAAUGGUGAAAGAAAAACUGAUCCAAACCCACAAAAAUUGAAGGUGUCUGCAGCUGAUAAAGAAGGAUCAGGAAUUCAGACAUGGGAGAAAUUGAUCCAGCUUUCAUUCAAUCCACAGAACAUCGUCCAAAACCCACCUUUGUAGAAGUUGGUGAGAUUCCAAUCAUUGACCUCUCAGAAAGCAGAGAAGAGCUCAUCUCAAAGAUUGGCAAGGCAUGUGAGGAUUGGGGAUUUUUCCAAGUAAUCAAUCAUGGGGUUCCUUGUGAGGUUAUCAGAAAGGUUGAGAUUGAGGCCAAAGAGUUUUUCGAGCAAAGCGUGGAGGAGAAGAAGAAGGUGAAGCGAGAUGAAGCUAAUGCAAUGGGGUACCAUGAUGGGGAGAACACAAAAAAUGUAAGGGAUUGGAAAGAGGUGUUUGAUUAUCUUGUGGAGAACACAACACAGGUCCCUGCUUCUCAUGAGCCACAUGACUUGGAGCUCAGGACUCUCACCAAUCAGUGGCCCCAAUACCCUCCUCAUUUCAGGGAAACAAUGGAGGGGUAUGCUCGGGAAGUGGAGAAACUUGCUUACAAGUUGUUGGAGCAGAUUUCAUUGAGUUUGGGUCUUGUUGCAGACAAAUACCAUGGCUGCUUCAAGAACCAACUCAGCAUGGUGCGGCUCAAUCACUAUCCCCCUUGUCCAUUCCCUGACCUGGCACUUGGUGUUGGUCACCACAAGGAUUCAAGUGCCUUAACAGUGCUUUCUCAAGAUAAUGUGGGAGGCUUACAAGUUAAGAGAAAAUCCACUGGUGACUGGAUUCCUGUUAAACCCACCCCGGGUGCAUUCAUCAUCAAUGUUGGCGAUAUAGUUCAGGUUUGGAGCAAUGACAAGUAUGAGAGUGUGGAGCAUAGGGUGGUAGUAAACAUAGAGAAAGAAAGGUCCUCCAUUCCAUUCUUCUUUUUCCCAGCUCACCAUGUUAUGGUGAAGCCUGCAGAGGAGCUAGUGAAUGAGCAAAACCCUGCAAGAUAUAGAGAAUACAACGUUGGUAAGUUCUAUGCUAACAGAAACCGUAGUGAUUUCCAAAAGCGUGAUGUGGAAAAUAUCCAAAUUCAUCACUUCAGGAUCUAGGAUUAGCUAGUUGGAUUGACAUUCUCAAUUUCAUCCAUGUAUGACUACAAGUUUCUAUGUUGGAAACCCAAUAAAAAUGUGAUGGUUUCUUUCUGGUCAUAAAUAAAAUGUUAAUCUCGAGUUGGUGUA